AUGAGAGAAGGCAAGAUUUUUGAGGACGUGCAGGGAGUGCUGACCUUCAGAGAUGUGGCCAUAGAAUUCUCUCAGGAAUGGAGAUUCAUAAAUCACAGUCAGGGGGAAGUGUACAGGGAUGUGAUGUUAGAGACCCAUGGACACCUCCUCUUUUUGGGUCUUGUGUCUAAGCCAGACCUAGACAUAUUUUUGGAGCACAAGAAGGAGCUAUGGGGAGUGAAGAGAAAGGAGAAGGUAGCCUCACACCCAGCUGUAUCUUCAUAUGGUGCCCAGAGAUUCCUGCCAAAGCCACACAUAGAAGCUUCUUUCCAAAAUGUGUCAAUGGGUAGAUAUCAACUUAGUACCCUUGAGAAUUUACCCUUAAUUACAGACUGGGACAGUGAUGGGGAAAGUGAAGGGCAGCAAAGAUUUCCUGAAGUACAUAUCCAAAUGGAGACAACUGCCCAUAGUAAGAAUCUCACUGCCCAAAAUGGUGAAGAACAUAAAGCAGUUUGGAAAACAUCCAUGUUUAAGUCUGCUACUUCUGCAAAGCAGUGCGUUUCUGUAAGCAAAGACUCAAAUAAAAUACUUAAGGAUACAUAUUCACGGAAAUAAAAUUUGAAAA